AUGGGGGAGGAGAAGAGGCCCAUGGUCGAAAUACUCAAUGCUACGGAUGUCCGAGUUACGAUGCAACGCGGAGGAGAGCGGCACUUCAGCUACGACUUUGCGUUCGACAGCUCCGACCGUUCCAAGCGGAAAUACGCAACACAGGAAGCAGUGUAUGAGAAAGUUGGUCACACCAUUCUGGAUAACUGUAUGAAAGGCUUCAACGGUUGCCUUUUUGCGUAUGGCCAGACUGGUUCUGGCAAGUCUUAUACGAUGGCGGGUUGUGAUAAAGAGGAGGGCAUCAUACCCAGGAUAAACAGGGCUAUAUUCAGCGCGGAGGCUUCAGCUAGGCUACAGCAGAUACGUGUGUGGGUGUCCUAUCUUGAGAUCUACAAUGAGCACCUUCACGAUCUUCUCGCCGAUUCUUCCGAAGGUGGCAAGGAUCUCGCGGUGAUGGAACAUCCCUCUUUGGGGGUGUAUGUGAAAGCCGCUACAGAAGUGGUAGUCCGAUCGGAGGAGGAUAUUGAGCACAUGUUAGAGUAUGGGUUGAAGCGGAGGGCUGAAGGAGCGACGAAUAUGAAUGCUCAUUCGUCGAGGAGCCACGCGGUAUUCAGGAUUAGAGUAGAAUGUAAACACCGCGGAGGGCCUACAGUGAGCUCAAGAGUGAAUCUCAUCGACUUGGCUGGUAGCGAGCGUCAGGCGAAGACGGGCACUUCGGGAUUGCGACUCAAGGAGGCUGGAGCGAUAAACCAGAGCUUGAGUGCUCUGGGUAUGGUCAUUAAGCAGUUGUCGGAUGGGCAGAGUAAACGCAAGUCGGCGGGCAUGUCGUCGUCCUCCUCCUCAUCGGCGACGUGGAUUCCCUUCCGCUCCUCUAAGCUUACGUUCCUAUUGAAGGACUCUCUUGUGGGCAACUCGAAGACCUUCAUGAUAGCGUGCAUCAGUCCAGCAAGCUCGGAAGCAGAAGAAACUUUAUCAACGCUUCGCUUCGCCUCUUCUGUGAAGAAAAUAAAAACAGUGGCCAAGGUUAAUGUAGAUCACAAGGACCAGCAGAUCAGCAGUCUUCAGAAUGAGAUAUCUGCCCUUCGCAGUCAACUCCAGUCUCAAAGCUUGAGUCGGAGUAGCUCUCAGAUCGACAUGCUUAGCAUCGAGCUGGAUGAGCGACAGCGUUUGGUGGAGGAGCUGAAGAAAUCUUAUGACACGCAGUUGGCGGCCUCCCAGGAGAUUUUGAGGCUUAGGGAGGAAGCACUGGAUGAUAUGGGACUGUCGUCGAAAGAGAUCAAUACGGCUUUCGGAGUGGCGCACGAUACGCCGUAUAUGCUGAACAUUUCUGAAGACCCUAUGCUAUCGGGGUGCCUAUUAUACUACUUGAAAACUAACGAGGCUGUAGGAGUCGGUGAUCCUCCACAUGAUUUGAAGCACCUCGAUAGAGUUGUCUUUGGUCGAGCUCAUAUGAUGCGUAUAAUGAUACCUAAGCUGGCUGAUACGACAGUCCAACAGGUUGGCUCUUCGAGACGUCGAUCGUCGCUCAUGCGGCCGCCAGUGGUGGAGGAGAAGGAGCAUGAGGAGUAUGCAGCUGACUUGGCCACCUUCGAUGAGUCCAGCGAGGCCUAUCAGGAGCUUCGUCACUACAUCGAGGAGCUGAGGUUGAAGCUCUCGUCGGAGAAACUGGACAAGUUCCUUCAGGUUUUAAAGGCAGCUUGCCCCUUGAUCGACGAGGCCAACGACCUCUCUACAGAACUACGACCAAAUCGACACUUCAAAUUCGAGGCGGAGUUGAUCUGGGAUGUGUUCAACUCUGAAGGGGAAGAUUUGAUAGUUAUACGAUUGAUGGAAUACACGAAGGCUCCAGAGGAAGGCGGGGCUGAUGAAAAGUUCCGCUCGAAGGUUUUGUAUUACUGGGGUUUGAAUAAGUUCAUAGGGCGCCUUGAGCUCAUGAGAGAUCUUUAUCAUCAAGUCAGCAUGGGGUACUUGAAAAAAGAAGCGGUGCUGUCGGGAGAGUAUUUCGAGACUAGUGAAGGAAAAGUACAUGACCCAUGGAGUGAGCCUAGUAUUGCCGACAUACAAGCCCAGCAGGAGUUUUCGAGUCGCCUCUCGCAGAAGCGAGAUAUCGAUAAACUGCAGACAGCGAUGGCUUCGGUCGUCAAAGCGGAUGCUACGCAAACGGGGAGGAGGCAAACUCGGGUUCUGAGCAGUGUGACUGGUGACACCAAGCUCAUACUGCAAGCUCCUGUAUCGAGCAGUGUGGUUCCGUCGCCGAAGAGGAGACUGUCGGGUGGCUCUGAGUCACCGGGGAAGAAGCUUUCCUCGCCUAGUAUCGUGGCGAAGGAGAGGCGAAGCGUAGCUGGUGGGACUGAAACUGUGCGGAAAGAAGACGUGAAUGGGCUGAUGCAAGCGCAUUUCAAUGAAGUGAAGAAGCUACUGGCGAACGCAUUAGGGGAGAUGAAGUCUAGGAAGGAGAGUGAGGCCUCUGUUGAGGAGUUCAGACGGAGGAAUGAAGCUUUAGAGGAAGAGAAUGGGAAACUCCUGCAGCAACUAGCAGAGCUGAAAGAUUCCCAGAAGAAUCAAGACGCCUUGCCGUCUCGUGCUGUGGCCGUGGUAUCCUUUGGGCGUUUCCUUGAUAGCCAGAUGGGAGGUCCUUACACUGCAUUUUCCACCUUUGAUGUGCAUGGGCGCAAACAGAUUUCCCUGUCCGAGUUUGACUCUGGGCUCGCGACGUGGGCGUCGGCGUAUCGAAUCGCUGCUGGCCGAGAUCGUUCACUACCGGCUACCACCUUUGGUUGUGAAACUGCCGUCUUGUUUGGCUACAUCGACUGCCUCGAGAAGGGCGUCCUCACCAUAGACGAUUUCCUUUUCGCCAGUGCAUGUGGCACCGCCCAUGGCCGAGGCCUUCCUCUCCCGGAGAGCCCGAUCAAGGUCUCGCGACUUGCGUCUUUGACAGUGAAGUUGUGA